ACUUCUAACAGAUCUUAGGAGACGUUUCUAGAAUAGUUGACAAGCGUGUGGUCUACACAACAUUGUCCACACUGUUAAAUACGGUGAUUUGUAUUUUUCAGUGAUUUGAGACAUCUUAGCUCUGUGAGGACACCUUGUGUGCCUCUGAUCACUUUUUUUCGGAAAGAAGCAGCAUACGUCGCAGUGAGCAUGUGAUGAAUGUUGCCUGACUGGCCAAUGAAAAGCAGUCUAGUCUCUUGAGAGCAAAGAAAGAAUCUAGGUCCUUUUCAUUCAAAGGGACGAUUUCAACAUGAUGACACAUUUAAAGUCUGUCUUCUACCUGAUAUGUUUGUUCUCGUGGAAAAUGGCACACAUGAACGAUUUGAAACAGACCACUAGUGUGAAUCAGCAGGGCGGUUUCAUUUCAGUUAAUCCUGGGGACACAGUGACUUUGAAAUGUUUCUUCAACGGUGAUGCUGCAAAAUAUUUUUGGUACAAGCAAAAAUUGGGAGAGAAGCUGCAGCUUGUCUCCACUACAUAUAAGUUUGAUAAAAAUGGCACUUUUCAAAAUGAGUUCAAAGGUGAUCCACGUUUCACACUGGAUAUCCAGAGUGAUACAAAUCACUUGAACAUAAGAGAUAUCAAAAUAUCAGACUCAGGCACUUACUACUGUGCAAGUGGUUAUUCGUUCAUGUUUGAAUUUGGAGACGGCGUCACAGUCAGUGUUAAGGGUUCAGACUCCAACGUCCCAGCUCUGGUGCAUCAGUCAGUGUCUGGGAGCAUCCAGCCAGGAGGCUCUGUGUCUCUGAACUGUACGGUACAAACUGCGACCUGUGAUGGACAACACAGUGUUUACUGGUUCAAAGACUCUGGAGAAGCUCAUCCAGGAAUCAUUUACACCCACGGAGAGAGAAAUGAUCAGUGUGAGAGGAAACCAGACACACGGACACACACCUGUGUCUAUAACGUACAGAUAAAGCAUGUGGAUCGUUCUCAUGCUGGGACCUACUACUGCGCUGUCGCCUCAUGUGGACACAUUCUGUUUGGAAAUGGGACCAAACUGGACUUUGAGGGCCAGAUAAACUCGUCUCUCUUGGUAUAUGUCUUGAGUGGAGCUGUGGCAUUCACCACCAUCCUGUGUGUGUUACUGUCUUUCCAAAUAUGCAAGAUGAUCAAGGGAAAUUGCAAAUGUUCAGCUCCCUCAACAACAAAUGUGGAGGACUCCAACGACAACCUUCAUUAUGUUGCUUUACACGUUAACCAGGCAAACAGAUCAAGACGACAGAGGAAUGAAGUCUUUAGUGAAUGUGUUUACUCUGGUGUAAAGUUGUAGACCACAGUAAAUAAACUAUGUUAAAGUUGUA